GUCAAAACCGGUGACUUGCGAAUAUAAUUGUUAAAUUUUUUUUCUUUUAUUAAAUAAAAAAAAGUAACAUAAAAUGGCAGAUAGUGCAGGAAAUUGGUGUCUUAUCGAAUCAGACCCAGGUGUAUUUAGUGAAUUGAUUCGAGAAUUCGGUUGCGAAGGCGUUCAGGUGGAGGAACUGUGGAGUUUAGAUUCAGAGCAGUUCAAAAAUAUAGAGCCAAUUCACGGGCUCAUAUUUCUUUUUAAGUACGUGAAGGACGAGAAUCCUGUUGGAGUUUUGAGCCUUGACAAUGAAAAUAUUUUCUUUGCCAAACAAGUUAUAAACAACGCUUGUGCAACGCAAGCCAUUUUAAGCAUUUUGUUGAAUGCCUCGCAUCCCGAUGUCACGCUGGGUCCUAUUUUAACAGAGUUCAAAGAUUUUGUUAACUCAUUUGAUUCCUAUAAUAAAGGAUUGGCUCUGUCUAAUGCAGCUCAAAUACGAACAGUUCAUAACUCGUUUUCACGCCAAACAUUGUUUGAGCUGGACAACAAAAAUGCUGGAAAGGAUGAUGAUGUAUUUCACUUUAUUGGUUACAUUCCAAUAAAUGGACGCCUAUAUGAACUAGAUGGAUUGAAAGAUGGACCAAUAGAUUUAGGGAAAGUUGAAAGUGGUCAGUCAUGGCUCGACGUUGUUCGUCCAAUUAUCGAAAAUCGCAUGCAAAAGUAUAAUGAAGGAGAAAUUCACUUUAAUUUGAUGGCAAUUUGUUCCGAUCGACAAAUGAUUUAUCAAAGGCAGAUAGACCAAUUGUUGCAGUCAACUGAAGACGAUAUGGAUACUGAUACAAAGCAAAAUGAGAUUGCACGAUUGCGAAUGUUGAUAGAAGAUGAGGUUGCAAAACGCAAGAGAUAUAAGAUUGAGAACAUUCGUAGAAAACAUAACUAUUUGCCCUUGAUUGUGGAGUUGUUGAAAAUUCUUGCGCAAAAUGGAGAGCUUUUGCCUUUGUACGAAAAAGCGAAGCAACGUGCUAUCGGACGUGAAACUAAAACUAAAUGAAAUUUUGGUUUCACGACAACUGCAUUUAAUAUUUGAAGUAUAAAUAAAUAAAAUUUUUACUGGGAAAA